AUGUCUCUAUCUAAACCAACCUCAACCAAGAUUCGUAUAUCGCCCUCGAAUACUGGGUUGUGGCGGAUUACUCAAAGUGACGAGGCUGCCAGUUGCGCUGCAGUACUCCUGGAAAAAGAUCUCAAUCUGCAUCAUGUAUUCCUCAACAGCCUUGGCUUCCACGAUCAUAUGCCACAUCAUAUCCUUGCGCUUUUUGGGACAGGUGCCAAUGCUGCCCAGAUUCAAAAGGCAUUUGAUCUGCGCCACGAACUUCAAAAACCAGUACAGCCGCUACAUGACGGAGUUUUGGCCGACCUUGAGGCCUCGUGGGCAUCAGCUGCACCCUUUCUAGGGGAUGAGAAGUACUACCCUGACUUCCUAGCAUACUUCCAAGCCCAGAUUGAAGAACAUGGAUACGAAUGGGUCCUGCGGGAAUACCUAUUCAAGGGAGAUGCUGCGGCAGAUGACUUGCUCGUUCGCCUGCAUUCCAGCGUUUUGCACCCCCUCAUUCAGCUCAUGUAUGGCCUGGAAUGGGAACAGCCAGCUAUUGUGGCAGAAGCACUUGCGCAGACUUGUGUCCAUCAAGGAGAGGGACUUGACCAGCUGCUGCUUGAGAGCGAGCGCCGGGCAAACAAUGUCGCCAAUGCUCCUGUCGCGCAAGAUCCGACUGAUCAUAUGCCGGCUUUGUCGACUAUGUUUGAGCGAGUUCGGGCCGACCGUCGUUUUGAUGGUGCUACGAAAUUCACCGAUAAGAGCAAAGUUGUUGAUGGUAUCUUGACACGGGUCAAAGAGCCGAUGUUGUCUGUACUCGAACAGGUGAGAGUUCAUGAUGACGAGCUUGAGGAGCGCACUGCGGAAAUGAUACAUACUAUCAACCUUGUCGCGUCAGCGGCUGCUAUUCGCCCUCCUUACCAUGUGAAAUAUGAUUUCUUCCUCGUUCACCACGUCAAUUCGGCUCUCAUCUACCUGACUAUGCUCAAUUUGCCCUGGCUUACGCGCGAGGAGAAGCGUCGUUUUCUGGAGUGGAAGAUUCGGAUGGAUCUCAUUGAGUAUGUGGCACGAGGUCGGACACCGCUUGGCCUCGACCACGUUCGAUCAUACCAGCCAAAAGUCCCGUCUGGCGGACAAUCUGUCAGAGAUAUUGGCAACAGGCUGCAGAGCUUUGGCGACGAUGGCCACGGCAUCAAACAAGCUAGAGCAAUCGCCCUGGGCCACGAAUUUAUGAAGCAGUGGCAAGAUAAGCCAUGGGCCAUUCUAAAAGACGACGAUGUUUGGCGGAAGAUCCAACACAUGGCAGUCGAUGCGCUGGAAGGGCCCGGCAAUCUCUACGUAAGAUCCGCAGGCUUCGAUGAGGCUUGGAAGGAUAUGCCUCUGGCAACGGCUCCACGACGACCUGAGAAUGAAUUGCAGGUCUUGCAGACUGGGAGUGGCAGUUCGGCGCAAGCUUUAGCGUCGACGUGA